AAGGGGCCUCUGGGUUCCGCAGCCUCUGACAUGUCGAAAGUGGCUAACUUGUCUUACAAGAAAAGCCAGCAGCUCUUGAAAUCCUUGUGCAAUCAGCAACGACAAUCCCUGGGCACUGGGUUUGAGAGUGCCAAUAUCCUUCUCUCACCCAAGUACCACCUGAGAGACAAGGAUCUGAGAAAGAUCCACAAGGCUGCCCGGGUCGGGGAUGCAGCCAGAGUGCGGCAGCUCCUAAUUGAGAAAUGUGGUGUGAAUGACAGAGACAAGAAGAAGAGAACUGCUCUACACAUUGCCUGCGCUUAUGGUCACCCAAAAGUAGUGAUGGCCCUGUUAGAGGGACAGUGUGAGAUUGAUGCCAUUGACAGUGACAAGUGCACAGGUCUAGUGAAGGCUGUGCAAUGUCAGGAAGAAGAAUGUGCCACCAUUCUGCUGGUGAAUGGCGCUGACCCAAAUAUUGUGGAUGCCCUGGGCAACAGCGCUCUCCACUAUGCUGUCUAUUAUAAGAAUACAUCACUGGCUGCAAAACUGCUUGAACAUGAAGUGAAUAUUGAAGUGAUUAAUAAGGUAGAUGUCAUAUAUAAGAAAGGAACAAGGCAACUGAGCAAAAGACCAACAUGA